UAAGCGCCAGCAUGCAAUAACACAAUCUGAGAGCAAAAACGAGUCGUUUAUGAGGCAGGAAGUUAGAUAUUUUGAGUGACAGCUGCUUGCUUUCACUUUCAUUUACCGAUCGGAUAUCGUGCGCAGGUUCGUUCAAAACUUUUGUCGCCUAAAAUCAACGAUACAUUCGAUAUCUAGUAAAAUUUGAGGGUGGGUUUUUCCCUUGUGACGUGUAAAUAUCAUAAACAGUGCUCAUGCAAUGAUAUCCAAUUGACAAGGACUCAUAUCCAAAAGAAACAUACCUUUUUCUCUCCAGCUUCUGUUUUUCAUCAUGCCUUUUGCCCAGUCUUGGUGUUUAUGCUGCCUUGCAUUUGCAGUUUUAUUCUGCGCUCUUUUUGUUGGGAGCCAUGCAAUGAGUUUCAACACAGACACAGAUGCCUUGCCUUUUCCCUGGGAUAAGAUAAGACUGCCAGAAACAGUGAAACCCCAGCAUUAUAACCUCCUGAUACACCCCAACUUGACCUCCCUGACCUACACCGGAGUCGUCCAGAUUCUCAUAGAGGUGGAGCAAGACACCAGAGCCAUCAUCCUUCACAGCAAGAACCUGCAAAUCUCCAAAGCUCAGCUCUUGGGCUCCAGACAUCUUCAGGAUCUGCAAAUCAGUGAGUUCAAAGCCUAUGAACAGAUCGCACUCUUUUCUGAUGGCUUCACAUUUGAGAAGGGCAACCAUGUGGUGCAUUUGGAGUUCUACGCCAACUUAUCAGACAGUUUUCAUGGCUUUUAUAAAGGCAGAUAUACCACAAACAGCGGAGAGGUUAGGAUGUUGGCGUCUACUCAGUUUGAGCCGACACAUGCCCGAGCUGCCUUCCCUUGUUUCGACGAACCUGCAUUUAAAGCAAACUUUACCAUCCGUGUGCGCCGGGAGUCCAGGCACAUUUCCAUAUCCAACAUGCCUAAACUGAGAACUGUAGAAAUUGCCGAUGGGCUGCUCGAGGAUCAGUUUGACACGACGGUGAAGAUGAGCACCUACCUGGUAGCCUUCAUCGUCUCCGAUUUCCAGUCCAUCAGUAAAAGAAGCCAACAUGGAGUCGAGAUAUCGGUGUAUACUGUUCCCGAGAAGAUCAGUCAGGCAGAAUAUGCUCUUAACACCGCCGUCACACUGCUGGACUUUUAUGAUGAUUAUUUUGACAUCCCAUAUCCACUUCCCAAACACGAUCUUGCAGCGAUCCCAGAUUUCCAGUCAGGUGCUAUGGAGAACUGGGGCUUGUCGACAUACAGAGAGUCCGGUUUGCUCUUUGACCCUGAGAAAUCUUCUUCCUCGGACAAACUGGGAAUCACCAAAGUCAUUGCCCAUGAACUUGCCCAUCAGUGGUUUGGAAACCUGGUCACGAUGCAGUGGUGGAACGACCUGUGGUUAAACGAGGGCUUUGCCAAGUUCAUGGAGUAUGUGUCUGUCAACAUCACCCACCCCGAGCUGCAAGUGGAUGAUUAUUUCCUGGAGAAGUGCUUCACUGCUAUGUCGGUGGACUCUUUAACCUCCUCGCACCCCAUUUCCACUCCAGUGGAGAAUCCUGCGGAGAUCAGCGAGAUGUUUGAUGACGUUUCAUACCGGAAGGGUGCAUGUAUCCUGAACAUGUUGAGGGAUUUCCUGACGCCAGAGGCUUUCAAGUACGGUAUUAUACACUACCUGAAGACACACAGCUACCAGAACACAGUGAACGCUCACCUCUGGGAAAGUCUUACCAAUAUCUGCACUUCUGAUGAAUCGGAUUCAGGGAGACUAAAACUUGAUGGAUUCUGUUCCCAAAACAGGGCUAAAUCUCCAGCCUCUAAAUGGUUCAUGGAGGACAGUGUUGAUGUUCGUGCCAUUAUGGACACCUGGACUCUGCAGGAGGGCUUUCCUUUAAUCACUGUGGAGGUCAAAGGUCAAGAGGUCACCCUCAAACAGGAGCGCUUCCUUAGAGAAGCAAACUCUUCAAAUACUUCAAGGACAUCGAGCUUCCUGUGGCAGGUUCCUCUGACUUACAUCACCAGUCACAGUAGUGCAGUGCAGCGUUUCUUGCUGAAAAGUGAAAAAGAUGUGUUGUACCUGCCAGAGAAGGUGGACUGGAUUAAAUUUAACGUGGACCUGCGGGGGUAUUAUAUUGUACAUUAUGAGUCAGGAGGCUGGGACGCUUUGAUCAACCAACUCCAGCAGAACCACCGUGUGUUCAGCAGCAACGACAGAGCCAGUCUGAUCCACGACAUCUUUCAGCUGGUCAGCAUUGAGAAACUCCCUCUGGACAAAGCUCUGAAUCUGAGUUUGUACCUCAGUAAAGAGUCUGAGAUCAUGCCGGUGACGCAGGGCUUUAAUGAGCUGGUGCCGCUCUACAAACUCAUGGAGAAGAGAAACAUGGAGGAACUGGAGAACCAGCUGAAGGGUCAUUUAGUGAAGUUAUUCAAGACGCUGAUUGACCGCCAGAGCUGGUCUGAUGAAGGGUCUGUGUCCGAGCGGAUGCUGAGGAAUUAUCUGCUGUUGUUCGCCUGCGUCCGUCGUUACCCGUCCUGCGUCAGCACCGCCACUCACCUCUUCCAGCAGUGGAGAGAAUCCGAUGGCAAAAUGUGGUUGCCUACUGACAUCAGUUUGGUGGUCUACACUGAAGGGGCACGUACAGACGAAGGCUGGGACUUCCUGUUAGAGAAAUACAAGAGAUCCGUCUCACCAUCAGAGAAGUGGAUGAUUAAAGCCGCCCUCUCUUACACUCCAUUGACUCACAAGCUUCAGUGGCUUUUGGAAAGAAGCAUUGAAGGAGAGAUCAUGAAAACUCAAGACCUGCCAUCAAUGGUCAUCACUGUCAGUAAAAACCCAAAAGGUUUCAAACUCGCCUGGGACUUCUUGAAAUCCAACUGGGGGAAACUUGUGAAAAAGUUCGAUCUCGGUUCGUCUGCAAUAUCUCGCAUGGCGGUCGGUGUGACCGAUCAGUAUUCCACCAAAGAAAUGCUCGAUGAGGUUCAGUCUUUCUUCGGAUCACUAGCGGAGGAUCAGGGCUCUGGGCUCCGCAGCAUUCAACAGGCCCUGCAAAAAAUCCAGCAGAACAUCCGCUGGAUGGACAGGAACGUGCCACUCCUGAAAGCCUGGCUGGACAGAAACAGUCUGUGAUUGAGUCCUGACAAACUCUUGAGACGCUUGAAAGUGUGUCUAACAGGGUGUGCAACUCAAGACUGCACCUAGUUUCACCUUGGGUACGGCACUUAACAAGGACCAUAACACUGGAAGAAACCAGCUCUGAUAUGAUCACACAGAACAUGAACGGUUUUGAAAUGGCUGCAAUAAAAAAAAAAAAGUAGUGUUUAAAUAAGUUUGAAAAUAUCAAUGCUAAAUGUCAACUCAAUGAAACCAGCAAUGCACUGAAAUGAGUUUUUACUGAAACACACACACACAAAAUGUGUUCAAUCAAGAAAAUAAAAAUCUAAACCAAAACAAAA